GCUUAGACAGGCUUCUUUAUUCAAAGCGGUUCAAAAAUCAGCAAUCAGACUCAAUACAGUAUACUAUUAUGUUGCAACAAAGAAAAUGUAGGCCAGAUAUCUACCUAUAAAUACGAAUGUGAUUUUUUCUUUUUAUAUAUUCUCAUCACAUGCAGUGUAGUCCUACUACUGUAUGUUCUUCGUGAAUUACUGGCAGACUGGCACUCUCAUGUAACUGCAAACAGGAUUUCAUGAUUUAGAGAAAACGCAGAAGCCCCAUUGAGAACGAAAGUCUGUGGCAAUCAAAUAUCACAUAGGUCCCGUAUUAGCUGAUACUGUUUGUAUCACUCACGCCACUGCAUUUGUGGGGGUAAUUGAGAAGAGGCGGGAUCAGAUCUGAACGUUUCAACAUCUAUGCCGACUAGUGGCUUGAUCAUCGCCUUUCAUUCUAUACAACUGACCGCUUUUCAGUACCUCAGUGCUUUCCUGUUUUCAUCCUCUGUUGCGCGCUUUCCUCGUCAUUUUCCUCCCGGAUUGGGAGGGGAUUUCAAGUUUGUUUUUAAAUCCUAAACUUUUCUUUUUCUGAAGUUAUAUUGUUUUGACAUUUGGGGGAUUCUCAUGAGUGUCCCUCCGGUGAUCCGUCCUCCGAGCCCCAUCCCGGGGGCGCAAGGUAUCUCUUUCCAAAUUCAGAUCGGGCUAAGCAGGGAACCGGUGCUCCUUGACUCCAGUGACUUCACCCUGUCACACGUCAGGGAGAUGGCAUGCUCCAUCGUCGACCAGAAGUUCCCAGAAUGUGGCUUUUAUGGAAUGUAUGAUAAAAUUCUGUUGUUUCGACAUGAUCCGAACUCAGACAAUAUUCUGCAGCUGGUAAAAUCUGCCACUGAAAUUCAAGAGGGAAACCUUGUUGAAGUUGUUCUUUCAGCUUCUGCUACAGUUGAAGAUUUUCAGAUCCGACCACACACACUGUUUGUCCAUUCAUACAGAGCACCAGCAUUUUGUGAUCACUGUGGAGAGAUGCUUUGGGGACUUGUACGACAGGGUCUCAAAUGUGAAGGAUGUGGGUUGAACUAUCAUAAGCGCUGUGCUUUCAAAAUUCCUAACAACUGUAGUGGAAUACGAAAGAGACGACUGUCCAAUCUUUCUUUAACUAGUUUGACUACCUCCAGGUCAGUCUCGGCUGAACCAUCCCCCAGCACCCCAGAUGAAGCACUACUGUCUCCUCUCAGCCCCAGCAUUGAGCAAAAAACUCAGUCUGAGUCAUUCAUUGGACGAGAAAAGAGGUCAAACUCGCAGUCAUACAUUGGACGCCCGAUUCAACUGGACAAGAUCCUGCUGUCAAAAGUGAAAGUACCUCACACUCUUGUUGUCCACUCAUACACACGUCCCACUGUUUGCCAGUACUGUAAGAAGCUACUUAAAGGGCUUUUUAGGCAGGGCUUGCAAUGUAAAGAUUGCAAGUUCAACUGCCAUAAACGCUGUGCCCCCAAAGUGCCAAACAACUGUCUUGGUGAACUAGCCAUUAAUGGAGAUUUACUCAGUCCUGGUGCAGAGUCGGACAUUGUUAUGGAAGAAGGCAGUGAUGACAAUGACAGCGAACGAAACAGUGGGCUUCUGGAUGAUAUGGAGGAAUCCAUGGCACACGAAUUAUCAAUGACUGGGAGCCAUAGUGACACUGGAGAAAUGCAUGACCACGAUCCAGACCAUGAUGACUCCAAUAGAAUGAUAAGCCCUUCAACAAGCAACAAUAUACCUUUGAUGAGAGUGGUACAGUCUGUCAAGCACACAAAAAGGAAAAGCAGCAAUGUGAUGAAAGAAGGAUGGAUGGUUCAUUUUACCAAUAAGGAUACCAUGCGGAAGAGGCACUACUGGAGACUGGACAGCAAGUGUAUUACACUGUUUCAGAAUGACACAGGAAGCAAAUACUACAAGGAAAUUCCAUUAUCUGAAGUUUUAUCCUUGGAGCCGGCAAAAAAUUUAAGCUUGUUGCCUCCAGGCGUAAAUCCGCACUGUUUUGAGAUCACCACUGCAAAUAUGGUUUAUAGUGUUGGUGAAAAUUUAGUCAAAACCGGGAACACACCAGUUAACAACAAUGUGCUCAUAAGUGGUAUUGGGCACGAUGUUGCAAGGAUGUGGGAGAUGGCCAUACAGCAUGCAUUAAUGCCAGUCAUUCCAAAAGGGGUCUCGCAUGGAUCAAGACAUGGCCAGCACAAAGAUGUUUCUGUUAGCAUUUCUGUGUCCAACUGCCAAAUCCAGGAAAACGUGGACAUUAGCUCGGUUUACCAGAUUUUCCCUGAUGAAGUGCUAGGAUCGGGACAGUUUGGAAUAGUAUAUGGAGGAAAACACAGAAAGACAGGAAGAGAUGUUGCAAUCAAAAUAAUCGAUAAGCUAAGGUUUCCAACCAAACAGGAGAGCCAGCUACGCAAUGAGGUUGCUAUUUUACAGAACCUCCAUCAUCCUGGUGUUGUCAACUUGGAGUGCAUGUUUGAGACUCCUGAACGCGUGUUUGUUGUCAUGGAGAAGCUCCAUGGCGACAUGCUGGAAAUGAUCUUGUCAAGCGAAAAGGGAAGACUGCCAGAGCGCAUUACAAAGUUUUUAAUUACGCAGAUUCUUGUAGCACUGAGACAUCUUCACUUUAAAAACAUUGUUCACUGUGACCUCAAACCUGAGAAUGUAUUACUGGCAUCAGCUGAUCCCUUUCCACAGGUUAAAUUGUGUGACUUUGGAUUUGCACGAAUUAUUGGGGAGAAAUCUUUCAGGCGUUCUGUGGUGGGAACCCCUGCAUACUUGGCUCCAGAGGUCCUGAGGAACAAGGGCUACAACAGAUCGCUGGACAUGUGGUCUGUUGGUGUCAUCAUUUAUGUUAGCCUCAGUGGCACCUUUCCAUUUAAUGAAGAUGAAGACAUUCAUGAUCAAAUCCAGAAUGCAGCAUUCAUGUAUCCCCCAAACCCCUGGAAGGAGACUUCCCAAGAAGCAAUUGAUCUCAUUAAUAACUUAUUGCAAGUGAAAAUGAGGAAACGCUACAGUGUGGACAAAACCCUUAGUCAUCCCUGGUUACAGGACUACCAAACAUGGCUAGAUCUGCGGGACCUUGAAUGUAAAAUGGGAGAGCGCUAUAUUACUCACGAGAGCGACGACUCACGCUGGGAGCAGUUUGCAGGACAGCAUGGCCUGCAGUAUCCACCACACCUGGUGAACAAGCACACAGACUGCAGCGAGGAGCCAGAGACAGAGGAGGCCGAGAUGAGGGCCCUCAGCGAGCGCGUCAGCAUCCUCUAAACAACAACACGGACCUCUUACACUGUGGAAUUAAUAAAAGACAACCGCCAGCUUUAACUUUUGCCUUGCAAAAACUGCCGUCCCACCAAAAAUAGCACAAUCUAGAAUGUACUCUUGCCAUCUUCUUAACAUUGUAAAGUAUUACCCAUCUCAGUUUCCCAACUCCUCAAAGAACGGUUGUGUCGUCUUGAUGCUAGUAUGUGAAAUCGACAACUGUUUCUCUCAACACAAGAGCUAUCAUUGUCUGUCAUUUGUUUCCAGAUUUUUUUCUGUCAAACAAAGAAUGUUGUAAAGUGUGCCUUUGCUUGUAUUACCCUGAUAUGUCACCUUGAAUAGUAUUGUCUUUGUAAAUUAUUAUUAUUAUUAUUAUUAUUAUUAUUAUUAUUAUUAUUAUUAUUAUUAUUAUUAUUAUUGUUAUUGUUAUUAUUAUUAUUAGCAGUAUUGUAAGCAACCUUUUCAGAACCUAGGUUUUGUCUGCUGUUCAGGAGCAUUGUCUUACUCCUUUAGAUCAACUGAUCCAUGAAGAAGGCAGUCUUUGUUUUCACAGAAGACCGUCAGAACGCUGUCUUUUAAAAGAGAAGUAAAUUAUGAGCAAACGGGUCAAACCUAACUGUACAAUUAUAGCGCAAGUGCUUUAUGUAAAAAGCAAGCCUUAAUGCCUUAGAAACAUGUUAAUUGCAGGAUAGUUCUGAUGAAAUGACAUCCCUUUUCUUAAAGAUGGAUCUUAAUGCAGUUCAGCAGCUUGUUAUCACGUGGCCUCUUUGUGGAAGUUUUCAAUAAAAGUCUUGUCAAGA